UGGCUGCACCAUCACCAUCAUCACCAUCCAUGCACCAAGGAGGCCAUGUACUUAAGAGAGCAUCAAGUCGCCAUCGCCAGUAGUGAGCAGCGACGCAGCUUGAGGUUCUGCCCAGAGGCACGUCUCUUUAGAUCAACUCCUGCGUUCCCCAGAGGAUGCAGUCCGCGAUGCUGGCCGCCGUGCUGAUGCUGCCGAUCGCCUUGGCCGCGAUCUACCCCUGCCCGUCGCCGUCGCCCUCCUCCGAGGACUCCUCCGGGUGCGGCAGUGACGACCGCACGUACGCCAACGACAACCAGCUGCAGUGGGCAGUCCUGCCUGGACUCUCCGCCGCCCACCCCGGACCGUGCGCCCCGCCGGAGGUCACCGCUGGCCGCAGCCGCCGCUACACCCCCUCCGUCGACGACAGCCUCAGCAUCAUCGACGGGCUCAAGAAGGUGGAGUACCUAGAGUGGCAGGAAUGUUACAACGAACGACAGUGCGCCCAACCGCAUUCGGGGAACUGCACAGAGUGCGGCGCAGGCGCAGACGACUGGAAGUGCAGGAAGAUGUGCGAAUUGAAAUGCGGCUGCGGCUGCAUGGGGCUGCCGACAACGGCCGCGCUGGACGGGGAGACGUACAAGGAGUGGGAGAAGUGCUACCUGGACCUGGAGAGGGGCUGCACUCUGAGUAAAAUGGAGAAGUGUGAGAAGGACUGUGCUGGCGAUCGGUCCUGUAGGGACUCCUUGACUCUUGAGUGCUCUGAGACGACCUGGGAGUAA